CUUUGCGUGGAGUGUAAUAACAUUGAAGAUAAUGGUCCUUGACAAGUCUCUGUUACUCAUUUGUCUCUUUGGAAUAACAAAAUUAUCUCUUAAAUCUAUGAAUACUCAUUUUUGAUUAACUCUAAAUCUAUUCCUCUCAAGAGCAAUCAAAGAAAUGUCAUCAAUGGCUUCUGGUACAGCUCCAACAACCAAAUCCGCCGUUUGUAUCAGAAAAACAAUCAAGUCUGCAACUUUGUCAGUACAGUUUCAUCGAUCUUCUUCUUCUUCUUCUUUGCCAAUGUUAUCAUCAUUAAAUUGUUUUUUAGCAGCUAACUCUGCAAAACUACUAAACCCUAAUGGUGGUUCCGUAGUUUCUUCUUCUCCUAAACCCUUCAGACCCGUUAUGCAAUGGCAAGACGUCACGGUAAAGAUGGUAGUGGAUGCACCAGCUGCCGUGGCUUACAAGUUAUACGCAGAUCGUGAAUUGUUCCCAAAGUGGAUGCCCUUUGUGUCAUCUGUUGAGGCUAUGGAGGAUAGACCAGAGCUAUCGCGUUACUUGGUCAAACUCGAGUCUUUUGGACAAAAUAUUGAGUAUCAUUUUCUCGCAAAAAAUUUACAGAGGCAGUGUUCGAUUUUUCCCGAGAGGUCCUUCCUCCUGCUUAGUAGAGAUGAAUUUUUCAUUUGAAGUUCCAAAUGCUUUUGCUCCAGUUGCAUUUAAUUCAGGCAAUGAAAGCGUUUAUGGAGAAGCUUAUUCGUGGAGGAUUGGAACAUUUUGCUGCCUUCGUGAAGACCAUUUAAUUAAGGCAAAAGAAUCAAGAAAUCGUUACCGGGAAACUUACUUCCUUUGCUUUAGGCAAAUAAAUGAAUUUUUUUUUUUUGGUUUUGGAUUAUGAAACGUUCAAACCAUGUAAUGUAAUGCAAUGCAAUGCAAUGCUGUUCACCAUAUUAAUUUACUGAAAUCUAAAGUCAAUGUUUUUCUAGAA